UUUUAUCUUUUUUGCCUUUCAUGAAGUUGAAAAGAAAUAAUUUCCCAUUUCUUAAGAUUCCGAAUAGUAAUUUCCCAUUAGUUCUUCUUAUUCUAUGCUAUCUAGAACCCGAACAUGCGUAAAUGGAUCCUGGAUUCUAAAAUGGAAAUUUUUUUCUCUACUUUAUUUGCGAAUCACCACAUAAUAAUUCAAGUGCGUAAUAAAAAAUAUGCCAGAACUUUCGAGCAUGACGCACUCUUGACCGGUUUAUUAAUACGCUAAUAAUAAAUGACUGAUACACAAUCACAUGCCCAUAUCUGUGAAAUCAGCGACAUAAAAUCAAUAGGUACUCAUUCAGAUCCACAACACUUGGAAACUGAGGAGAAACUUAGAAAUCAUAUCAUUCAACACGACAUCAAUUCUUGCAAAAGAUCAAUUUCAGGAGACUCAAUUUAUAUAUGUCCGUGGAAAGGUUGCAAUAAAUAUCAAAGUAGUAUUAUUAAACUAGAAGAGCAUUUACGUCAACACACCCAAUAAAAACCAUUCAAGUGUCCAAUUUGCAAUUGUUUGCAAUUUGGUUCUCCUGAUGCGCUAAGUCAACACUUGAUUAUGAACCAUAUUGAUAGCGUUGUAGACUUACCGAUGAUGAAAAUGAAAAAUUGAAUUUAGGUAUGUUACCACAAUUCGAUUGUAGUUAGAAUUUACAUCGAAGAUGAACUAAAACCACGUAUCUUUAAUUAAUAUCAAAAUAAUAUC